AUGCAGCUCAGCGACGGCUCCGACCAUGAUGCCAGCCCGGCUACGCUCGUUCAUCGCGAGUUUAAGUGUAUGAAUGACGAGUAUUCCGAGUGCCGCACUGGCCAGUACACCAUCAGCUUGUCCCGCAAGGUGAUUUCCAACCAUUUCGGUCGAAACAAAGCUUGUACUCGCCAAAUCACCAACUGGCCAUUGUUCUGUCGCAAGCACUACCAGCGGGCCACGUACAAGCCUGACCUGUGGCAGAAACGCAAGAUCUUUCUCAUCAACCGCCAACUCGACCUAAUCGAGGCGGCCUACCCAGGCACGAAGUACGAUAUUGCGUUGAAGAAGUCCGAGGAUCAGCGCUUGAAUUUGUUCUCCCGCAACCUUGCCGGCGGAAUGAACCUCGAGGUGGCUAAGACCCUCUCUGCACAGAAGGAUGAUGGCAAAGCUUUCGAGGCACCAAUUACCGUUCUCCACGAGCUGGGUUUCGAACUCGGCCACGGCAAGGUCCUUAGAGAGGUUAAGAAUGUUGUCGCUAUUAUUCUCGACAUGCUCCGGAACGGCGAGACUAAGGAAGUCCCGGCGAUUGAGUUCCUCCCCAUCUUCACGCGAUCUGUCUCUCCCCCCGCCACUCCACCCGUUCCACCAACUACCCCCACCAAGCCAAAGUCAGCCGCGAAGAAGCGGCCCGCUUCCUCUUCCCGUGUUUCUGCUAAAGGCGCGAUCAAGAAGACCAAGAAACAGUAG